AUGGCAUAUCAUCGUCCGCCGCAAUACGACGGAGAAGCUGAUCCGGUUCGCUUCGAGAAUUGGCUCGUAGAGAUGGAGAAACUUUUAGAGGUCAUUAACUGUCCAACACACCUAAAAGUAAAGCUGGCUUCCUUCUACCUAUCUGGUCCAGCAGAGUUAUGGUGGCGUUCUGUCAAGGCCACUAUGACUGAUACUUUUUGGGAUGAUUUCCUUAUAACUCUUCGUCAACAAUUCUAUCCGCCAUCACUCCAACGAAAAAAGAAGAAUGAGUUCUUACAUCUUCGUCAGGGUCUUAUGACCGUGAUUGAGUAUAGUUGUAAGUUCAAUGAGCUAUCUCGAUUUGCUUCUGACAUCGUAAGCAAAGAAAGUGUUCGUGCAUCCCGCUUUUUUGAGGGUCUUAAUCUUAAGAUCCAAAAGGGGAUCGGGAAGUAUUAUGACUUCCGAGAUCUCUACGACCGAGCGCUUGAGUAUGAGAGGAUCCUUGAUAAGGAGGACAACACCAACAAAUGA